CAUGACUGUUAAAUAGGAUUGCUACCCAAAGGAAUAUUUUGAGGUUAAAUUCAUAUGUAUGGAACACUCGAGUAUAAUGCAGGGAUCCGCAAAAAACCCCUAGAUAAUGCACAAUUCUAGUAAUUAGUGGUGUUUUUCUGUUAUCUUUAAUCAUCCACAUCAAUUUUCAUCUAUAGUACUUACUCAUUUACACACAGUAUACCAGUGUGGAAGGCCAAAUACAAGAUAAGUAAUUUUUAUUGCCUUCUUGUUUGCGCAUGUGUGGCUAUGGGCAUUACUUGGGGGCAAAGGUUCUUAAAACAAGGAAGAUGAUAGACAUAUUUUACAGUUUUCCACAUGAAGUAAGAAAAAUAUGCCUUCUACAAUUUUCCUCCUAAAAUCUUGUCAAGUUCUUCCCUAUAUGUGGUAGAAGCUUUGAGUCCAUUGCUUGGCAUUAGUUUUGAAAGAAUCCUCCUCCGUGGAGCAAAGGCAAUCAGUUGGUUGAGAACAUGAUGACAUGAAAAUGAACGUAUUCAAAAAUACAUCAGCUGGAAAAGAGAGGACGGUGCAACUGUUUCAUAAUCUGAUGUUCCUAAGCUUGUGAAGAGAAAAAUAACUUCUACUUUUGCCAUGGAUGUGGUGGGAGAAAAUGAGGCCCUGCAGCAGUUCUUUGAAGGGCAAGAUGUGCAUGGAGCUCUGGAGAAUGCGAUGGUGGAUACAAGUAUGUUGGAAGAAUUCCUUGGCAGUGACUUGGAAUUUGGAGCACUGCAAAGCCAGUUACCAGAGUCCCCACCAGACUCGGGCUCAGAACCAUAUUCUCCACCGAAGCUGAAGGCUUUACAUUAUGAUGCUGCAGGGUCCACUGGACUGCGGCCGUCACUUUCCUUCCCUACAGCAGGGGCUCCCGAUACAUUUCCUUUUAGAUACCCUGAGAGUUUCUCUGACAUGAACACCAAUGGACAUCCCUGCAGUAUUUUCCAAGACUGCUGUCUCAAGACAGAUAAUGCCAUGUCUCCCUGGAAUACUUCUACAUCCUCCAGCUGUUUGGAUUUAAAUUAUCCGUACCUUCAGCCUCGGAUCUCCCAUAGUUCUGGCAUUUCCCUGGCAUCAGCUAAAAAGAGAAGACACUCACAAUUGUUAGAAGAUACCAUUGAUUCUCCAGCAUGGACUAACUCCUCUCAGCAGGUGACAGCGAAGGACUGUGCCACUGAAAUGCAGGACUAUGACAGUGACGGACAGAACAUAGCUGCUGUGGACAAAUGUUAUCAGGCGCUAACGUGGCAGCCAUACCAAACUUCUCACUGGAGCAGCUUAUUUAACUAUAAUUAUGAAAAGCUCCCUGAUGUAGGAUACCACAUUGUCACAGACAAAGGAUUUAAUUUUUCAGCAACAGAUGAUGCUUUUGUAUGCCAGAAGAAGAACCAUUUCCAGAUCUCAGUCCAUAUUAGUGUUGUUGGGAAUCCAAAAUAUGUCAAAACUCACCUGGGAUUGAAACCCAUUGAAAAGUUUUACUUGAAAACUUUUGGAAUUAAGGUGGAUGCCCCAAAUCAGAUAAUCGCCAUUGAACAGUCUCAGUCGGAUCGAAGCAAAAAAUCUUUCAAUCCUGUUAAACUUGAUCUACCAGGAGACCAGGUAACCAAAGUGACACUGGGAAGAUUACAUUUCAGUGAAACAACAGCAAAUAACAUGAGAAAAAAAGGGAAGCCUAACCCUGACCAAAGAUACUUCAUGCUGGUGGUUGGACUACAUGCUGUCAGUCAAGACCAAUACUAUUUAUUGUCGGCACAAGUCUCUGAAAGGAUCAUUGUGAGGGCAUCUAACCCUGGGCAGUUUGAGAAUGAUACUGAUGUGUUGUGGCAGCGAGGACAUGUUCCGGAGACCAUAGUCUGCCAUGGUCGAGUAGGAAUUAACACAGAUGCACCAGAUGAAGCACUGGUUGUCUGUGGAAAUGUGAAAGUGAUGGGGACAGUCAUGCAUCCAUCUGACAGUCGAGCAAAACAGAAUAUCCAGGAGGUUGAUACAACGGAGCAGCUGAGAAGAAUAGCGCAAAUGAGGCUGGUUGAGUACGACUACAAGCCUGAAUUUGCAUCUGUAAUGGGAAUAAACAGUACCCAUGAAACAGGAAUAAUUGCCCAGGAGCUGAAAGAGCUUUUACCUGCAGCUGUUAAAGAAGUUGGAGAUGUUACCUGUGAAAAUGGAGAAAAAGUAGAGAACUUCCUCAUGGUUGAUAAGGAUCAGAUCUUUAUGGAGAAUAUUGGUGCAGUUAAGCAGCUCUGCAAACUAACUAACAACCUUGAAAUCAGGAUAGAAGAAUUAGAAGUGUGGAAUAGAAAGCUGGCCAAGCUCAAACGGAUAAGCAGUUUAAAUUCAACAGUCAGUGAAAAGAGCACAUUCAGCAAAUGUAGUCGAGCUGCUAGUCUUUUACCACCAAAAAAACCAGCCCCUGUACAGCACAGUAAGGUUUGUUUUUCCAAGGAAAAACAGUCAUGGUCCAACAGAAUUUUCCAGAUCACUGUAAUAGCUUUGGUUUCUGUAAUGGCACUAUGUGCCAUGGCAAUAUCCACUCUUUACAUACUUAGCAUAGAAGAGCAAGAGGUUAACCCAAGUCCCAUUGUCAGCAAUGCUACAAGUUCCAUUACACACCCUCUCUACACCACCACUGCAGCGCUCAGUGACAGCACAGCUUCCUCAGCUAUGACACCCAGCAUUCCAAUCCCCGAAGUGAAUUUCUGUGACAUCUUGCCUUGUGACAAGACCUAUUGCUGUCCAAUUCAUCAAACACAUGGGAAAAACCUGAGAUAUCAGUCAAUGACCGCAAAGGAGGAAAGGAAAUCAGUAAUAUUGUCCUCUCUGACAAGAAGCAAAAAUAACGCACCACAAGGGAGAAGAUUGAUGGAAAAACCUGACCUUGGAAUUGACUGGAUUGAUACAACAGUCAGUUCUAUGCAGAUUUUGGAGACACAACAAAAAAUUGACCGUCGCUAUUGUAGUAAAGGUCUACAGUGCAGGUCUGGAAAUUACAGCUAUGUUAUUCCUGUUAACAAAUACACACCCAUCAAUGUAAAACUCUCCUUGGAAAUCAACACUACGGAGCCAUUAAUAGUCUUUGAAUGCAAAGUCACUCUUGGAAAUAUUUGUUCCCAUCAGUCACGAAACAGAAACAAAAGGGAGGCUUUCCAGGAAACCAGCCAGGGAUAUCAGCAUAUUUGGAUUCUUCCUGUGACUUGGUGGUAUGACAGUGCAUAUCAUUUCCGUGUAGCUGCACCGGAUCUUGCGGAUUGCUCCACAGAUCCAAAUUAUGCCGGGAUCUUUUUUACUGAUUACUACUUCUACUUCUAUCGACACUGUAACUAAAAUAUUGCUGAUCAUUCUGUUUAUUGGGGGCUGAGGGGAGGGUGUGGAGGCGGAGAGAAGAUAAUACUCAUGGUACUAAAAAGAGUUUUGUCUUAGUAAAAGUUUGCAAAUGAAAUGUGAUGUACAGAAUGUUUCCUAGUUUUUGUUUUACCAUUGACUUUUAGACAAGUGGGCAAAAAUAAAUAUUUGUCUGUAGUCCAGGCUCUGCAUGUCCGGUCAUUACUUGUAAAAGGACAUGAUUUCUGAAAAUCAAUGGAGAGCUUGAUGUGUAGAUAUUAAAGGGUUCAGCUCUAGUAACAUCAUAAGAUACGAUAGAUGGAGAAAAAAUAGUGGCAUUCUAAUAUGCUUUAGACUGUUCAGAAGACUUUGAGAUAAUAAAA